AUGGCUUUAUGGCAUUAUGCCCUCUUGUUUGCUGGCUUCCAGCAAGUUCUAGCAAACACAGAGAAGGCAAUCUUUCUUGGUCCGCAAACCGUAAACAUCCCAUCAGCGAAACCUAAUCUAGAUGAUCUACACAUUGACAUCCUGACGCCGAGCAACUGGUCUAUAAGAACUCACAUCGAGGCAGAGUUCCCAAGUGAGUCAAAGCAAGCUGGCAAGUCAACAUGGUUGCUUCUAGACAAUCUCACCGAGGGCCAACGCUACGAGCUCCGCGUCUGCUGGGCUGCAACACAACCAACAGCUUUCGUCAUCAACACAUAUGAGCUGCCAGCCGUCUUUGAGGACCCCGAGCUAAUCUCCUCGCUGUUCGAGUACUCGAUGUCUCGGCAGCCGGAGCUUGACUCUGACGAUGAGCAGAAGCCUCGCGUCCAUGAGCAGGCCGCCGAUGAAGAGGGCGAGAGGCAUGCGUCCGUCCUCUUUCUCCAGAUCCUGGCCGCAGCGGACUACUUCACGGCCAACAAGACGUUGAUGAGCCAGGUUCCUCCCGUGUUUGUAGACAUCAUUCUCGAUCCGUAUGUCUACAACGUUCUGCCAAGGUCACUCAUUCCCACAAUUGGCUACAUCGUGGUCGUGGCAGUCGUGUCGUUCUUCCUCGCAAAGCGGAUCGUCUCCUGGAUCCGGGGCUAUGUAGCACAUCCAGUGGAUCCAGACAACAAGACCAAGAAGGAGCAAUGA